GGGGCCGUGGAACGCGUUCGCGGCGGUGGCGGCAGCCGAGUCCGCGGCUUUGGGUCGCGCCCCACGGCCCGCCCCCGCCGCCCGCUACCUUCCCCUUCCCUCCAGCCCCUCUCUGGGACGCCGCCGGGCCUGUCCGCGCGCGCGUGCCGGUGUGCGGGUGUGCGCAGGCGCGGCGUGGGCGAGCAGCCCGGGUGGGUGGGCGUCGGAGCCCGGGAGCGCGCGGACGAGACCAUGGCGGGCAGCGGGCCGGGGGGCGGUGGUGUCGGAGAGACGAAGGUGAUUUACCAUCUGGAUGAGGAAGAGACUCCCUACCUGGUGAAGAUCCCCGUCCCCGCCGAGCGCAUCACCCUGGGCGAUUUCAAGAGCGUUCUGCAGCGGCCCGCGGGCGCUAAGUACUUUUUCAAGUCCAUGGAUCAGGAUUUCGGGGUGGUGAAGGAAGAAAUCUCAGAUGACAAUGCCCGCCUUCCCUGCUUCAAUGGAAGGGUGGUCUCCUGGCUAGUGUCAUCAGAUACCCCCCAACCAGAGAUGGCUCCCCCAGCCCACGAGCCUCGGGCAGAACAGGUGCCUCCACCCCCACCCUUACCCCCUUUGCCACCGGAGAGGACCAGUGGCAUUGGCGACUCCAGGCCUCCAUCCUUCCACCCUAACGUAUCCAGCAGCCGCGAAAAUCUGGAGCCGGAGACUGAGACGGAGUCAGUCGUGUCCGUGAGGCGGGAGCGGCCUCGCCGGAGAGACAGCAGUGGAGGCCACAGGCCCGGCGGCCCCUCGCGGCUGGAGCGUCACCUGGCUGGGUACGAGAGCUCCUCCACCCUGAUGACCAGCGAGCUGGAGAGCACCAGCCUGGGGGACUCAGAUGAGGACGACACCAUGAGCCGGUUCAGCAGCUCCACGGAGCAGAGCAGCGCCUCGCGCCUCCUCAAGCGCCACCGACGGCGGAGGAAACAGCGGCCGCCCCGCCUGGAGAGGACCUCGUCCUUCAGCAGUGUCACCGAUUCCACAAUGUCGCUCAACAUCAUCACGGUCACACUCAACAUGGAGAAGUAUAACUUCCUGGGCAUCUCCAUUGUGGGCCAGAGCAACGAGCGGGGAGACGGCGGCAUCUACAUUGGCUCCAUCAUGAAGGGGGGGGCCGUGGCGGCUGACGGGCGCAUCGAGCCUGGGGACAUGCUCUUGCAGGUGAACGACAUGAACUUCGAGAACAUGAGCAACGAUGACGCGGUGCGGGUGCUGAGGGACAUUGUGCACAAGCCGGGCCCCAUCGUGCUGACUGUGGCCAAGUGUUGGGAUCCCUCUCCCCAGGCCUAUUUCACUCUCCCUCGAAAUGAGCCCAUCCAGCCCAUCGACCCUGCCGCCUGGGUCUCCCACUCCGCUGCGCUGACCGGCAGCUUCCCAGCCUACCCGGGCUCCUCGUCCAUGAGCACCAUCACGUCUGGAUCCUCUCUGCCCGACGGCUGUGAGGGCCGAGGCCUCUCUGUCCACACCGACAUGGCAUCCGUGACCAAGGCCAUGGCAGCUCCCGAAUCUGGCCUGGAAGUUCGAGACCGCAUGUGGCUCAAAAUCACCAUCCCCAAUGCCUUCCUGGGCUCGGACGUGGUCGACUGGCUUUACCACCAUGUGGAGGGCUUCCCCGAGCGGCGUGAGGCCCGCAAGUACGCCAGCGGGCUGCUCAAGGCGGGCCUAAUCCGGCACACGGUCAACAAGAUCACCUUCUCGGAGCAGUGCUAUUAUGUCUUUGGAGACCUCAGCGGCGGCUGUGAGAGCUACUUGGUCAACCUGUCUUUGAAUGACAAUGAUGGCUCCAGUGGGGCUUCGGACCAGGACACCCUGGCUCCUCUGCCCGGGGCCACCCCCUGGCCCCUGCUGCCCACCUUCUCCUACCAGUACCCAGCCCCGCACCCCUACAGCCCCCAGCCGCCACCUUACCACGAGCUCUCAUCCUACACCUACGGCGGAGGCAGCGCCAGCAGCCAGCACAGUGAGGGGAGCCGGAGCAGUGGGUCAACGCGAAGUGAUGGGGGGGCAGGGCGAGCGGGGCGGCCCGAGGAGCGGGCCCCUGAGUCCAAGUCUGGCAGCGGCAGUGAGUCGGAGCCCUCCAGCCGGGGUGGCAGCAUCCGGCGGGGCGGGGAGCCUGGUGGGACUGGAGAUGGGGGCCCUCCCCCAUCCCGGGGCUCGCCAGGGGGUGCCCCCAAUCUCCGAGCCCACCCAGGGCUCCAUCCCUAUGGCCCACCCCCUGGCAUGGCCCUGCCCUACAACCCCAUGAUGGUGGUCAUGAUGCCCCCACCCCCACCCCCUGUGCCCCCUGCCGUGCAGCCCCCGGGGGCCCCUCCAGUCAGAGACCUUGGCUCCGUACCCCCUGAGCUGACAGCCAGCCGCCAAAGCUUCCACAUGGCCAUGGGCAACCCCAGUGAGUUCUUCGUGGAUGUCAUGUAGUUCCCAGUGGGGUCGUGGUGGGUCUUGGCCCUCGGCCGCCCCCCAUUUGCUUGGUGCUCCCGUCCCAUCCUCGGGGGGCUCCCCCCGGGCCUGGGGUCAGCCUCUAGGCCACCGCCGGCCUGAGGUGGUCGCCACUGUGACCCUCACAGCAGUGCCUGGUUCCUUCCCCGACCCUCGGGGUCUACAGGGGACUUUUGGAUAUUUUUAGCUUUAUAGUUUUUUAUAAGUCUUUGAGGGGGGUUAAGAUAGACUUUUUUUUACACUCCUGGGAUAUUUUUUUAUAGACUUUUCCCUUUUUAAAUGAAGAAUCCCCAUCUCCUGGGCCCCUGAGAACCCCAGAAUGUGACCUCCUGCUCCAGUCGCCCGCUGGCUCUGCCCUGCGUGGGGUGGGGGGCGGUCACGGUACCCUGGGAGGAGGAAGGGGUGAGCAGUCCAGGGGAGCCGGGGGAUGGGGCAUUUGGGGGCUCGUGUAGCUGCCUGUGUUACUCUAUUUAUUUUAGUCACUUGUGUAAAACACUAAAUAAAGC